AUGUCCGCUGCCAGACCUGUUAUCAACGUUUAUGCCGAAUCCGGUAAGGAGAUCAUCUCCACUGUUCCUCUCCCCGCUGUCUUCAAGGCUCCUAUUCGUCCUGAUAUUGUCAACUUUGUCCACACCAAUAUGGCCAAGAACAAGCGUCAACCUUAUGCUGUUUCUGAUAAGGCUGGUGAACAAACCUCCGCUGAAUCUUGGGGUACUGGUCGUGCCGUUGCUCGUAUUCCUCGUGUCAACGGUUCUGGUACUCACCGUGCCGGUCAAGCUGCCUUUGGUAACAUGUGUCGUGGUGGUCGUAUGUUUGCUCCUACUAAGACCUGGAGAAAGUGGCAUGUUAAGACUAACUUGAAUCAAAAGCGUUUCGCUACUGCUUCUGCCUUAGCUGCCUCUGCUCUUCCUUCUUUGGUUAUGGCUCGUGGUCACCGUAUUGAAAAGAUUGAGGAGAUUCCUCUUGUUGUCUCCGACUCCGUAGAGAAGUUGACCAAGACAAAGGAAGCUGUUGCAUUGCUCAAGUCCCUUAAUGCUUAUGCUGACGUUGCCAAAGUAGCCAACUCUCGUAAGCUCCGUGCUGGUCAAGGUAAGCUUCGUAACCGUCGCCACAAGCAACGUCGUGGUCCCCUCGUUGUAUAUAAUGAAGACAAUGGUCUUGUGCAAGCUUUCCGUAACUUGCCUGGUCUUGAACUUGUUAACGUUCGUCGUCUAAAUCUCUUGCAACUUGCUCCUGGCGGACAUCUUGGACGUUUCAUUAUCUGGACACAAUCCGCUUUCUCUCUUCUUGAUGAGCUCUAUGGUACAUACGAUUCUCCUUCUUCUAUGAAGAAGGGUUAUAUGCUACCUGAUAAUAUCAUGACCAAUCCUGAUGUUGCUCGUCUCAUCAACUCUGAUGAAAUUCAAUCUGUUGUCCGUCCUGCCGGUAACAAGGUCCACAAGCGUCCUUUUACUCAAAAGAAGAACCCUCUUAAGAACCAAGGUGUCAUGAACCGUCUUAACCCUUAUGCUCAAGUUCUUCGUCGUGCUGAAAUCCUUAAAGCCGAAAAGGUUGCUGCUGGUAAGGUCAACAAGACCGAAAAGAAGCGUGGUGCUUCCACUGCCGCCUCCAAGAAGUUCUUGGAAACCCUUCAUUCUGCUUAA